AUGGAAUUUAAGAGGAUUUUCGUAACUGUUGGAACUACAGAAUUUGAUCAUCUCAUAGAAAAACUGAGUGAGAAGGAAGUUUAUGAAACAUUUAAAUGCCGAUUGAAAUGCAAGGAACUAAUAAUUCAAAGAGGAAAAGGAAAAGAGAUUGAUUUUAGUCAUUUUGAAGAUAUAAAUGUGCAACAGUUUGAUUUAAAAACGACUAUUGAAAAUGAUAUAAUAGAAGCUGACUUGGUAAUUUCUCAUGCUGGAGCUGGAACUUGUAUAGAUGUGUUAGGCAAAAAGAAACCUUUACUGGUUGUAGUCAACGAUACAUUAAUGAAUAAUCAUCAAGUAGAGUUGGCAGAGCAGUUGAAUAAAGACGGAUACUUAGUAUACUGUUUCUUAUCAAAUCUUGUCGAAACAUUGGAAAAGUUUGAUGUUACGUCACUAAAGGAGUACGAGACAGGAAAUUUGAAUAAGUUUAUCGAGUACCUUGAUGAUUUUAUGGGAUUUAUAUAA